CUAUAAUGUCACGACAGCAUUGUAAAAUUAUCGAUCGAGAAGUCUUGAAAAGCCGAUUGUUUAUUAUCUUGCGUGAAUAUUAAAUAUAGUUUAUUCUACUAAUAAUUUUGUAACUUAUUGGAAUCAUAGCGCUGUAAGAGAUGCUUGAUGCCGGGGACGCGCACGAGGGUUAAGCCGGUGUCGGCAGCCGAGCCCUCUGCCUCGGACGAAGCUUCGCUGCUGGAGAUACAUCUUCAAAGGCAGUUAGAGGAAGAUAUAGCUAGAAUAUUUGAUGAGUCUAUAUAUUCCGAUCUUGAGGUGGUCUGUGGUAAACUAAAAAUCCUUACUCACUCUUGUAUACUAAAAGCACGCACGAACGAAUUUUACCAUAAGCUUCAAACCAUUUUGCAUGUGAAUAUUGGGCGCAGUACCUUCGAUGAAAUUUAUUCCUUCGUCAGCGAUGUGUACACUGAAUGCAAUAUCAGAAAUCAGGAGAAAGAAAUACUGGCAUACCUGAACGAAACAUUUAAAGUUAUAAAAGUAGUUCCAAAAAGUAAGGAAGAUUCCGAAGACGUCGAAGUAUUCUUAACCCCCAAGUGUUUAAGUCCUUAUAUCGAAAAGGGCCAGAAAACUAUAAGCUCUAGUCCAAGCACAGAACUAACAAAAGAAUAUUACGCUUUGGUUCCGAUCGAUGGUAACAUAUUAGAAAAGGAACUAAUAGAACAGGAUGCACUAUCGAACGCAUUCCAUUCUAUUAUAAAGACACAGUCUGACAAUUUGAAGAGAGCAAAAUCUUCGCAGUGCAGCAAGAAGCCGACAUCGUUAUCUCUUAGUUCUAGUCAUACCUCCAAAAUAGUCAAACAUUCCAACAGUUGUGAUAUUUUAUUUAAAUGUCAUGGUAAAGAUAACGUCGGAUCUGAAGUGAUAAGAGGUAAUGAUAUAGUGAGGAACGGCGCGGUUAGUGCAAGCUUGAGCAGCCAGACAGGUGGGACGGCGGGCGACGAAAAGGGCACGGAGCCCGCGUACUCGCCCGACAGCCUCAUCACCGACGAGCCCAGCUCCUCCUCGGACUACCUGUCGGCCGCCUACGCCUUCUCGCCCGGCGCCAGCUCUUCGGCCGCCCUCCCGCCGUUAAAUGUUGGGGACAAUAUCACCAAAAUGGAGAACAUAUUCACUUCAUCCGACUCCGGCUUGGAGAACACCGGCCUCAUGGAGAGCCUUAGCAGUCAUAAAGACGUUACGUUAACCGACUUGUCUCUCACAGAGAGCACUUUGCACGACUUGACUAUAGAUGACACCCAUUACUCCACGUCCAGUCCAGUUAUAGAUAAUCACCCGAGUCACCGAGUAAAAGCAGUGAGUGCGAGCAAUGCGUCAUCCGCGAGCACGCUCUCUCACGCGGAGACCAAUGGGCAGAAGAUUAAUCAAUCGAACAAACACAGAGAUGCAGGAUGCUGCAAAUCAUCCAAGGAAGAAAAACAACGCCAGAAUGAAGAAAUAUUUAUAAUGGAGUCGUCAUCGUUAUCCUCAGAGACUGGCUCGUGGGAGUCAGUGUUUCCACCAAAAUUAGCCGAAAGAGAACUUUGUGAAAGGUUCUUAAAAAAGGAACGUCAGCAUACAUUUGCCGAUGACGUGAAAGAGGAUUUAUGCCCCAGUUUAGUUCAAAAAUCUCCUUUUAAGUCAACUUCUUGUUUCAUUGAUGCUGCAAGCUUGGCCGAUGAAGAAGAUGAUACUAUCAAAGUACAAGUCCAUCCAACGGAACCUGCUACAAUUUUAAAUUCGCACAUUCUGCCAACGCCUAGUCAGCCAGUCCCUUGCGCCACCUCCAAACACGACAUGAGUCCAAACGACUGGUCCGAGAGCAACGACAACGAAGACUCCUUGGAACAACCGGAGAACAAAGACCCAGAGUCAGCACAUAAGGACUUAUCUCCUACCAUCUUUGAAAUGACGCCUAUAACUGAAGAUUCUCUGUGCGUAAAUGACGAGCCAGCCUUACGCGACCAGCCAGCGACAGAAAGCAUCACAGCUACCGUCAAUGAGGAUACGUCACACCAGCCCCAAGACAAGAAUACGUCUCUAUCCAGUACUAUAUUCGUAACCAGUACUCCACAUAAUUCCAUUAUGUCUUUAAAUGUCUGUACAGCGAAGCAGUACAACUCAGAAGAAAGCAGAAUAGACUCUUCUACAUCCGGAUAUGAAAGCCUAGGAAAUAUGAAAAAGCUUCAGAAAUUCAACGAAUCAUCGCCUAUAGUUUCGGGGGGUGCAUCUAUAGAAGAUUACCUACCAUUAUCGAGUAGUCAUUCUGAUAGCCCCAUACCUAGAAGAAGGAUAGAAAAUAUUCCUAUAGUGUCUGGUGCUUAUGUACCGCCAGUAGAAGAAGAUAACUACAGAAAAUCCCCAAAGCCGUCCUCCUUUGCUUCUGCGUGGGUAGUUGAUAUGUCAAUGAGCCCGAAAUCGGAUGGCGAGAAAACCACAUCUAAUUCUCAGUUUAUUGCUAAGAAACCCGGCGAUAGGGCGUGUGAAUCUUUAAAAAAUGAAUGUCUCAGCAUUAACGAUAACUUAAAUAAAAGCCGAAGUUCGCUGGAUUCUGAUAGUAGUGAAAGAUCGAGUCACAAAUUCUAUAUAGACUUGUCAAGUUUACCGGACCCCUUACCACCAAAAAAUGACCACGAAGUUGAAAGUUCCAGUGAAAAGAAGAAUAUUUUUUCAAUGUAUAUCGAUCUAGGCGAAAAAUCUACGUUAAAGGAGAUGCCAGCCAGGCUCUCUUGCUCUUUGAAUUCGAAAAAGCACACGACUACUGAUGUAAAGCCUAAAUCAGUUGCAACUAAAGCUAUCAAGGGCUCUACUGACAAUUUUGUAUCACCUGCUCCAAACAACAAAGAGUCCAACAGCCCCGGUACAUUUGAAAAAUAUGAAUCGCUCUGUAAUGACUUAAAUAUCAGUAUUUCUGAGAUAAUACGCUGUCCAGCAACAGAAACGAAAACCAGUUCUGCAGAAAUCAACAACAGCAUUACGCCAGAUCCUGUUAAAAAAGAAAGACCAUCUCGAGUUUCUGGUGUAGAUAAAAGCUCGUUCCAGCGCGACGUGGUCAUCCACGAGGAGCCCACGGGGAUCGACCAGUCCGGGGACCUAUUUGUCAAAUUGUCCGAUUUAGAUAAACCGGCGCCGAAAACUGAUGCAACAAUUAUCACAACGAUGUAUGAAGAGUCAGUUUCGAACGUCCGAAUGACCAGGUCUAUUCCGGAUAACAACUGGGGGAAUCAAAGCGGAAGCAUUUCCCGACCGAUCGAUAUUAUAAGUUCAUUUCAUUCUGAGAACGCUUUGAGUCUGAACAGGCUGUUUCCCCACUUGAAGAACGAGUUCAGUAAGAGCAUGCCGGGGUCGCUGCCGAGCAAGGGGCGCGGGCGCGCCUCGGGCCGCGACACGGACGAGCCCGCCUCCGACGUCUCAGAGCUCAGCAGCGUGCAGAGCAGCGUCUGCCGCUCCGUCGUAGAAAACAGCACAACAGAGGAAACCACCAGCCAGACUUCAAGUCUAAUAGGAUUCUGUCAGUCACGACUGGGCCAGGAUCUGUUGCGAAUGUUUCUCGAAGAGAUUACCCCUGAUGUCAUCGUAGAAGUUUCUGGUAGACGAAUCAAGGCCCAUAAGUGUAUUUUGUCGUCUAGGUGCCAGUACUUCGCCAGGAUACUGAGCGGCGGCUGGGUAGAGAGCGCGGGAAAUGUGAUAGUUUUGCCACCGUUCUCAUACAACGUGGUGCACUUCGCGCUGUGCCACAUCUACUCGGGCGUGUCCCGGAUCCCGGACGCGAUCAGCAUCGUGGAGCUGGCCACGCUGGCCGACAUGCUCGGCCUCGAGGGGCUCAAGGAGGCCAUCAUGUUCACGCUCAAGGCCAAGUACUGCCACCACUUUCACAGGCCAUGCGCCGUGUGCACGGCCGGUGUGCUGGAGUGCUUCCCGCUGUCGUCGGUGUACAGCCUGGACGACCUCUACCGCAAGUGCCUCAAGUGGAUCACCAAGUACUUCUCCAAGGUGUGGCCCACCAAGGCCUUCGCCACCUUGCCCAAGGAGCUGCUCGACAAGUGCUACCAGCAGCACAUUAUUAACCUCACCACCGAAAAUCUGGUUGACACCGUGUUCGGAUGUGCUAUAACUGUGGAGUCUCUGCAAAACAGUCGUUGGGCAGAGUGCGUGGCGCGCAUGUGCCGGCGGCUGGUAAACGCCGCGGCGCACUUCGCAGCUCCGCGACUGGUGGCUGUGCUGCGCGGCGUCCGCGCGGCCUCUCCCGCGCCUGCGCCGCCUGCAGCCUUGCAGGCCCUGCACGACUGCAUUGCCGCCGCCAUCGAGUGGGCGCCCUCCGACGAGGCCGCGCGCGCAUACGCGUUCCUCUCCGCCCUCCCGUCGGACGUGGCCGCGGCCGCCGCGCAGCGCUCGCGUCCCGACCUCAUCGCGGACGGCACGCGCCACCCCCCGCCGCCGCCCGCCGGCGACCUGCUGCUCGCGCACGCUGCCAGCUGGCGCCUGCAGUGCGAGGGUGCGCUCGUUCGCGCCGCUCCCCGCGCCGUGCUCACGCAAGCCUUCAAGGAGCUGCCUCCCGAGCUCAGGAAGCGGCUGCGCGAGCUCGGCUGCAUCAUGUACGGCCCGCAGGUGGUCCCGGCCGCCUCGCCGCUGCACGACCGCAAGAGCCGCAGCGCCUACCACGCCCGGCCCGGCAGGGGCCCCGCCGCGGUCGCCACGCGAAGCCUUGACAUAGACCACGUGCGCGAGUCGUUCGUGCCGUACGCGCCCCGGCCCUCCGCCCACCUCGGCUCCGUUGACACCCUGAAAAGCAACGGCGACCUGCGCGACCGGAAACCUAUAAAAAUGGUGCCCCCGAAAAUCAGGACGACGAAAGCGCAGGAGGAGCGGGCCAAAUAUAAUAUGGCAAAAACAAAUCAGUCGCAGGAUCGGCUGGCCGGCAAAGGAGGGCGACCGGUUCAAUUAUUCGAAAAUACAAAGCCGAGAUACUUGGAGCCGCGAAUAUACAAAGAGAGCGAAAAGAAAUCGCCCGCGACCAAAAAGCUGGUGAACAAAAUGAUAUCGUCGAGUGAGUCAUCUCGGAACUCCAGUCCUAUCCAAGCGCGGGUGGUGCGUGCGUCGCGCGUGCGGUCGCGCGAGCAGGCGCUGUCGCAGGACAGCCUCGCCACCGCCUCGCGCCCGCGCACCGCUGAGCCCUCCACCGACUCCCUUAGCGAGUCGCAGAACAGCAACAAAUAUGCUACCUACACUAAAAGAAAAUACACCACUAAAGGCUCCGUCGAAUCGAUCCAGUCUUCGAAGUUUCAAAACGCUUUGAACAAUAAGAUAAAAACGAAAAUACCUGUGUAUCUUAAUCAAAGCACUAAAUCUCAACAAGCGACCAAACAAUCACAGCCUGGCAACAACACUGAGCCCCAGAGGCGAAUCAACCAGCCGAACAAAACCGUCGUAGCCGGCAACACGCAACGCCGAGCACCCGUUGACAGGAAAGUUCCCGGCUCUCUCAUGAACGCGACUAAAUCUAGCCAGGCCAAGAUGGUCACGAAGACGGCCAAAGAGAAGCAGACGAAACCCAACACUAGGAGCACUCGUGCGGGUGGCAAGCACGCGAGCCGGCAGGAGCAGCACGAGCAGCCCGCGGAUAUCCCCGUCAUGCAGCGCUCGGGGACCUUCCUCAAGGACGAGCCCACCUUCGGAGAUAUCACCACCAACAUCGAUGUAGACCAGUAAAAGCUAAGUCACAUCAUACCUAGUGUAUAUUUCAAAUUAUUAUCCACGCUACAUGUUGAACAAAGGCAUUUUGCUCGAUAACUUAAAUCGCUAUUGCUUUGAAAAAAACAUGUCUCUGUUCUAAUUUCCUGGCCAAUAGGAAAAGUUGUGCUAAUCUGCGAACACCUCUCUCUUUCUCAUACUAACACAGACACACACUAUUCUCGUUUUAUUAAUUAUCGGCGUUUUAACGAAUUUAGCCACUAUUUAGGGUUCGGGUAAUAUUUUAGCUUUUUAUCGAAAUGCACUCUAAACACGUGUACGAGUACAAGCCUACGAUAACUUAUAAAGGGGAAAUAUCAGAGGUUUGAUAAGUUUUAUGAAUGAAGGGGUGGUGGAAUGGUCAUUUAUGUAUAUGUGGCGCAGGGUAAAAGAUGGCUAUUGUAAUUUACAUGUAAUGGAAGUUUGUAAGGGAACUUUGUAAUAAAGUUGUCUUUGUCUUUUCUGUUAAACGAACUUUCUUCUAUAGUGGUAUAAUAAUGGAAUUGCAUUAAUUAUCGUACUUCUUAAGAACGUGCUCCUUGCUUAGCAACUACAAAGAGUUGUUGACUGUAGAAAAGGUUGUAAUUGUAAAUUGUAAGAAAAUGUGGAUUGAAAUUGAAAACCAGCCCCAGAAUUGUAGGAGAUAUACAGCUGUGCAUGGAUUAUGGGGUAAUUAUUACUGUCAGAAGACGUUUGACAACCGCGUGUACAAAAAAUAUAUGUCAAACUCUGAUAACGAUAACGAUACUUACUUAGACUUCGUAUCUCUUUAUAAUCAAUAACUCUUUAGUAUCUGUACCCAAUUUACAAUUUUACAUUAACAUGCAAUGGAAAAAUGUGAGCUAUAUACACUUUUAUUUUUGUAUGUAUGUACUUUCCAAAUUUUGCAGAUAAUUAGCGACUCUUAAGAUGAGUUCUUUUAAACUAUCCAUAAAGAGCAGCUUAACCCUUUACCAGGCUGAUAUUUCAAAAUUGACAAUCGAAUGUCAGUCUUACUCAUUGAAAAUAGAACACAUGUUUGAAGUGCCAUGUGUGGGAAAUAUAUAUCCCUUAGCCUGGUAAAGGGUUAAGUAUAUGACUCGUCAAUCAUAUCUAGCACGUCGUAAGAGUAUGUUUUGUUUAUCAUAAUAGUCUUCGGUAAUAAUUCUUAAAACGAAUUGUUAUGUAUCGAUGGACAUUACUUGGUAACAAGCAGCAUCACAACCUAAACUGUAGUAUCUUGAAAACAUAAAAAUAUAUAUUUCAUAAUAAAAUAGAUCGCGAAGAAAUUUUUAAACUAAACUCAACUAUUUGAAAUUAUAGUCACACGCGAACGCGGGUUUGAUAAAUGAGCAGUGUUGCACAAAUGUAAUGUAAGUUAACAUUGCAUAUAUUAUUUAUCAGUUGUGUACAAAAAAGUUCCAAGCAGGCACAGGCAUAAUAAAGCGGGUCACUCAGGUAUUUUAAGUCGAAACUUUUGAGGGGCAUCACCGCAACGUACUUGGUACAACGUGUAGAGUAGCCAUAUUGUCGGUCAGACAGAAAAAUCCACUGGGACAGUGAGCUUGGAUAUUUUUCAUUGUUUUUUUGGAGUCGUGUAGCAUUAUAACAACAAUUUUCAUUAAAAUAUAUUGUAAAUUUAUCAAAAUUAAAUAGAUUUUUAACCUUAUAACUGAAUUGACUAAAUGCUACCUUCUUACUCGAAUAUUUUCAAUUCAUAGGUAGGUACAGUCGCUAUCAGAUAUAUCGGAGCGGCCAAGGUGUUCACAAUAUCUGAACACGCACUUUAACGCCCUGACAAUAGAGGCGUGUUUAGAUAUUUGUGAGCACCUUGGCUGCUCCGAUAUAUCUGAUGGCGACUGUACCCUUGCUACCAGCUCCAACAGGGAUGCGAACAUAAAUGGAAGUACUUAAUAUUACGUAGGUCCUAUUUUUUUACCAUUCUGUUGCUUGAUUGCUGAGAAUAUCUUUACUGUCAUUGUAAAUAAAUUAGUAUUUAGCCUAUCUAAUAAAUACUUAAUUUUUAAUCCAACAACCACAUGUUUAUCGACCUAUUGUACUUAUGUAUAAAUAAUCUGCAUGCCUUUGCCUACCCCCAGUAGAUAUUACGGAUGAAAGUAUGAGUAAAUAUGUAGAGUCUGUGCGGAAAGAGAAGAGUCGUGGGAUUUGAGGGCGCGCCAGUGCUAUUUUAUGGUUUUUGCUAUGCUGACAACACUGGUCACGUGAUUAUAGUACGACACUAAAGGUCAUGAUACUUGAAUCCCUUUUGUUCUGGUUUUUUUACCACGGCUUACUAAACGGAGCCUGGUGGUGGUGUCGACUCGUCAACUCAAUCCUCUGAUUUAGCGCAGGCACCAGUUUUCAUUUUAAAACACACUUGUUUUUAUGUCUCAGAUACUAAAAAGUGACAGUGCGAUUGACAAAACUGCUAAAACUAGUUAAGAAUCUGCCCAAUACAACUGUAAUUUUAGUACCAAACAAGAUAGUCUCAUUUAUGUACUGCCUAAUCUGUGCAGUCCAACAGUUAUUAAAACCGGGUAGAUCGGGUAGAAAUUGGGCAAUAGAACUGUAAUUUUAUCUGGGAUAUAUUUCACCCAUUGUAAACUUGACUUGUAAUGUGUAUGUACAUUAUUAAUAAUAAAUAUGAAUAUGAAUAAAAAAAGUGCAUAAGUAGGUAGGCCUUAUUGGGAUAUGUCCGGUUCUCUCUUCUCACGAUAUUUUACUUCGCCGGAAAGUCACUGCUAAAUAUGAAAUAUAAUUUCGUAACUAACAGAACCUACAAAUAAGUAAAGAAAUAUUUUAUUAGAAAAAGUUUUAUUCAGAACCUAGUAAACGAACUUACAAAUAAAGAAAUAUUUUAUUAGAAAAAGUUUUAUUCUUUGUAAUCGAAGUCUGAAUUAAAAUAUUCAAUGUCACUUAUGUUUGAGCUAGCUUCAAAACAACCAGGGACACUCAUAGAACUAUCUUCAUCUGAACUGGAUGUGCUUGAAUCCGGCACGUAGAUUACGAAUUCUUGCAUAUCACCUACUUAGCGGCCUUUUAUUCGGGAUACCGUAGGUACUUUUACACAAUCCUGAAAAAGAAAUUACAUAUAAAUAUGCAUAAAAUGGCAAGUAUCAAGACUAUUUGUCAGUUAUUUUAAAGAUCAUGAAUGACCUGCAUAUUUAUGAAAAUGAAUAUAUUUUGAAUGAAUAUACUUACCGAUUAUGUACCGGAGACAAGUUACUUAGGGGGAUUAUUAAAUAGGUAAUUAUUUAAUAUUAAAUACAACAUCAAUACCCGCGAAUAGCGGAAACACGUUCCGCGACUUGUUGUAAGUCGAUAGUCGGCUUUUAGCCGUUUUCUUCCCGCUGACAAAACCGAACAAUAUUAAAUAUAAUUUUCCUUGUGGUUUUAUGUACGGUUUUAUCGUGUUUUGAAAAUAUUUUAUACAUAAAACUUGCGGUUUUUGUUAAUAAAAAUAUACAUUGACAGAAGUUUGUUUACUUUUUACAAGACAGGUGUCAAAGGUUUGAUUGCCAUAUAAAAUUUAAAAUGUUAGUUCCCGUUUCUGCCACGACUCUUCUCUUUCCGCACAGACUCUAUAGUCAAACAUUUUUGGAAAAUUUAUUUCUCUACAUAGUCUAAAUAUUUUAACGGCAUAUAAUAUCUUACUUCUAAUCCUAAGGUCCGCUAUUUCCAGCUAUCUCUAUCGCACGCGCACAAUUAUAAAUAUUGCUGUCUCGUCGAUGACGCCAGCGGUCAAUGCCACUGUGCAAGCGGGACAGCAAUAUAAUUAAGCGCGUGCGAUAGAGAUAGGAAAUAGCGGGAGCGGGACAAAAUUCUUCGUGCUUAGCGUCCUUACUUUAAACAGAUUGUUAGUUGCUGUAAAUUGUAAUACGGAGUAUAGGGGCCUUUUACAGAGGGCGCUGAUAUAUGCUUUACGAAGUUAUUACGAAUUAGUUUAUAAUCACUUAUCCCAACUUUAAGGGCAUAUAUAUGCGGACAAACAUAUUCAACCAUAAUUUAGAAGUAUAGAAAGUUUUAAACAAAGAAAACUACAAUUUAAAGUGAACUGAUUUCAGUUUUCAACGGGUCAUUUGAGAGCCAUUUACACAUGUCAUGCUAUUUAUAUUGUUUAUAAAUAAGUACAAACACACCAUUCAAAAUGUUUAUUACAAACACCUAUGAAAGACAAUACUGGGAAAAAAAAACAUUAUCCCUCAUAUUACAAUAGGUACAAUGGACGACAUGAUGUAAAGCAUUUAUGGAUAUGUGUAAGUAUCUCGGGAAAUUUACGAGUAUAAGUAUACCCUACUGUAGGCAGGCUACAAUAAGUAAUGCUUAAAUGAAGCAUUAACUAUAUUAAUUAUGCUUGAAUGUUAUUAACAUUACUUCCUUCUCCGUACUGGGAAAAACGACGAACAGCGCGACUAAUGUUGAGUUACUAAUAUGUAAGGCGAACCGAUGACUUGACUAUAAAAAUAAAACUGUAUAUCCUAACUGUUCGCGUUGUAUGUAAUAUUUUAAAUAUUCCAUUGACAGUUAUAUGGCUUGUUAAUUGUGUAAAACCUGUUAAAAAUGUAGAAGGGAAUGGACACAAGUGUGUAUGUAAGUGAGGGUACGAUGUCUAUAACAUGUAGGUAUUCUAUUAAGAGGAAUAUAUUUUAAUGUAAGUAAUUAUUAGCUACAUAUGUUUUAACUAAUUGCAACGCUUGUAUGAUUUAAGUGCAAAAUAAAUAUAAAAUAUGUAUUUUGUACACUAUAAGAAUCUCAAUGUAUGUAUACAUGUAGGUACCUAUAUUUAAGCAUUUACUAUACAUACCUUAGUGUAAUGCUACAGCGCCUAUAGAGAAUUGCAUGGUACACGUGUAUUUUAGAGAUGUUUAGAUGUUUAUGUCCGCUAUGAACAUCCUUGUGGUCACUGUGUACUAUGUAGCAUUUCUUUUACAUAUUUUUAUGGCCUGGAUUUGGUGAUGUGCAAAUAAAACAACUAUUUAUUCCUAAUUUUAAGCAAUAGUAUUUAAACGUGAAAUAUAUUUUAUGAUAUAUCAAUAGAAACAAAUAGAUCAUUACUUGUAAUUUAUAGCAAAUGCGGAUAAACUAACGAAUUUUUCGUGCGGUUUACUUACUCUUUGUAUCGGUCACCCGUAUUUGUUUUAUUUUAAUUUUCUGUAAAAAUAUGUUAACUAGGUUAAGUUUCGGAAUGAUCUCAGUGAUGCACAGUAUUCGAUGUAUUUUAUUUCUGGUCUGCAUCAGCCAUUGUUUUAAGUGUAAGAAAUAAAAUUACGUAAUGUGUCAUUUGUAUACAUUUCUUUCUACUAGAUUUAAGAUAGCAAUCAAUUUCGUUAUGUUGUAGCUAUUUAAUUGGCACGUGAUUAAGUAUUCUUUACAUAGCACCCCACGACAAUGUCGAAUAUGAAUUCGGCAAUCCUCGUUUAUUUCUAAAACUAAAGGAAUAAGGACAAGUACCUUACAUUUUCGUCCUCUAGAGAAUUAAUUUUUCAACCUCAACAAUAAUACGUGUUAAUCCCAUUAGUUACCACUAAGUUGUAACCAGUGCUAACCAGGGGUACUUGGUGGUUACCCAAUGGGAAUUACCCGUUAUUCAUGGCUGCCGACAGACGUCAAAGACGGUUUUUUGGUAAUAAUAUGUAAUACAUAAAAUUAAUGGCACAUACAUUUACGCUAUCAAAUUUCCUAGGUAACCUUCGCUACCUUGUAAUAUAGCUAUCUACUAAUUUUUGCCUGUAAUCACAGUAGCCUAUUAAUAUAUGGAAUGGUACGGAUAAAUGUCGGGGUUUAAGAAGGAUUUAUCGAUUUUGUACUUUUUUAGUGUAAAUCUGCCCAGGAUUCUUAAAGAUAAUAAGUUUUGCGAUGCGAUCCAAUUUGUUCCGUUUUCUGAAGAAAACAAUUCUUUCCGCGUACCUACCUAUACAUAAUAUGUACCUAUUUUUUAUACAGGCAUAAGUGAUUUGUUGACUUUUAGGUAAUGUCUUAGAUUAGAUUGAUCGGACUCCUUAUUGUGGUGAUGUAAGGUUGGGGAUCUAAAGACCAAACACGCUGCUGGAAAGUGCUUAAGCUGUGCAUUUAAGUCAAAUUUACUUAUGCCCACGUAUAGGUACCUACCGAAAGGCCUAUUUGUAGGAUAACAUUAGUGUCCGUCCGAACUGCGGCAAUUUCUGCUUAAUGAGUUUAAUGACUUUGCAAACCUAUUUGAAAGUGGUACCCCGGCACGUGAGUGUAUUGUUAGUUGACAUUAUUGUAGUUAAAAUAAAUGUGAAAUAUAUUUACAAAUUGGUUAAAUAAUUUGAUGAAUUCUAAUAAAUUCUACGACUGAAACAUUCUACGCAAACCAUACUUUUUCAUUACGAACAGUUGUAUUUUGAGAGUUAUUUUAGUCUUGUAAGCGUUAGGGCAGAGCGUCCAGUUGGCCUGGUGACUUGUUAAGAGCAUUUAGGUCAGAACCUUAGGAGAUACCUAUUUCACAUACAUGUGAUCCAUGGGGGAUAAGUGUUAACUGACAAUUAACCUUCUGUACCUAUGCUUAGGAUCAGAUCUGCUCCAUAUAAUGUAACUUAAAGAUGAUGUUUGUUUUGAUUGCUUUGUAAAUGACAAAUUUCUGUGGAGCACACGAAAGUUUAAUGGUCGCGCAGAAGUCAUCAUCGUAAAUAAUGUCUUGUGUCCACUAUUAAGUAUGCAUGAUGAUCUGAAAGCCUAUUUAUUAUGCAUUGGUCACGCAAGAAACGCCCCAGGCGAAUACACUUACCUACACAAUACACUUGAAGGCUCCUCUUCACGUUG